AUGCAGAUAUUCGGAUUUGUCCUGGCGCUGCUGGGCAUCAUGGGUGCCACGGUGGCCACCCUGCUGCCCAACUGGAAGGUCAGCGCGGAUGUCGGCUCCAACAUCAUCACGGCCAUCUCCCAGAUGCAGGGACUGUGGAUGGACUGCACGUGGUACAGCACCGGCAUGUUCAGCUGCACACUCAAGUAUUCGGUGCUCUCGCUGCCUGCGUACCUGCAGACGGCCCGCACCACCAUGGUGCUGUGCUGCGUGCUGGCGGCCAUGGGCCUCUGCCUGGCGUCCCUGGGGCUGAAAUGCACUCGCUGGGGCGGCGGACGGCGCUCCAAGCGGCACGCCGCCAUCGCCAGCGGCGGCUGCUUUGUUGCUGCCGGCUUUCUGUGUCUGGUGCCCGCGUCUUGGUUCACCAACGAGGUCAUCACCAAAUUCCUGGACUCCAGCGUGCCCGAGAGCAAUAAGUUUGAGCCUGGGGGAGCCGUGUACGUGGCCUUUGUUUCCGCAGGUUUCCUGUUAAUGGGGGGGUUCAUCUUCUGUAUGUCCUGCUCGGGGAAGAGGCAUGGCCCUCAAGACCUGGUCCUGCUCCCGCCCCCGGACAAGCUCCUGCUCCAGCAGCAGCAGCAGCAGCUGCUCCAGCAGCAGCAGGAGCUCCAGCACCAGUACUGCUCGCUGUCCCCGCUGGACAACAAGACUGGCUACAGCCUGCAGGACUAUGUGUAA